CUAUGAAGGUGGAAGUGAAAAACAAAGUUCGUCUUGUAAGAUCGAUGACGUUGAGCUGUGUUACAUUCUGUAUUGAAACAGUAACAGAGCGACCAUACUUAAGGUUCACGAGGAAUAUGUUCCCAUAUGCAUGGAGAUUGAUCUGCAUGGAUUAUCAGGCCCUUAAUGAUGGAACACCUGAUGUGAGGAAUGCAGCUUUCCCAGCUUUGGCGGCUAUUUCCAAGAUGGUUGGCAUGAGACCUUUGGAAAAGUCUCCAGAAAAAUCUGGAUGAUGUCAGACAAAAGAAGUAUCUGAAAUGAUUGGGGGUCGACUGGGGAUCCUUAUGCUCUUCCAAACUCAGGGUGUGGUUCAAUCUUCUCGAGGAGUUAUGACAACGAGUUUCCUCUGAACUAGUAGAAUGGAUAUGAAGCAAACCACUUGCGGAUCUUUGCUGCAGCAACUGCAGCAAAUUUGGGAUAAAGUUUGUGAAAAUUACGAAGAGCGGGACAAAAUUCUUCUUCAAUUAGAUCAGGAGUGCUUGGAUGUGUACAAGAGAAAAGUUGACCUGACAUUGAAAUCUAGAGCCCACCUUCUUCAGACACUGGCAGAUGCUAGAGUUGAACUCACCAAUCUAUUAUCAGCUUUUGGAGAAAAGAAUUAUGUCGGAAUUCCUGACAAGACGUCAGGAACGAACAAGGAACAGCUUCAAGAACAUAUCUGCGGAGAUUGCUGGAGCUAGUGUCCAGGUUGAGAAUAUCACAGUUGAUGAGGCCAAUCUAUCCAUGAAAAAAUUAGAUAGAGUUUAAUGCCCAGCUUCAAGAUCUUCAAAAGGAAAA